CACCACCACCACGCGGCCCUCGUGCGAAUUUCAAAGCGGUUCGUGUCCCCCACCCCCCUCUGGCCCCCGUCUCUCCUUCCCGUUAUCUACAAUUCUCAUUGCAACAACGCUGAAACCUUUCACGAUUAUUGCGCCCUUCGCACUGAUAAUUACUACCGGCGGUUGCCGAAGCGGAGUCGGCGGGCGGUUUUUGCUCUACGUGGUCCUGCCACGCGAACUCGGAGGGCUGCUGCUGCUGCUGUUGGCGAGCCCUGCCUUGCGCUCGUCCCACGGGCAAGAUCUCCUCGGGUUCAAUCCACUGCUGGAUUAGUGCCCUCGCCGUCCCGCAUCGCACGUCCCACGCCACCACUACGCGGUGCAGGUCAUCUGCACCGAGAGACCAUGCUCGCAACAAUUGGAAGGUGUUCGUGCUACAAAUGGGUAAAUGUCACCCUACAGCCACGGCGUGGCACUCAUCUCAACAGAGUAUGCCUUAAUCCAUGCGCCCCAUUGAGUGGGAAAUCGGUGCAUGGCACCACUGGGCCUGGGCACGGUGGUCGUGUGCCGGCUACAGUUGCAUGCCAAUCUGCACCUUCACGUAGACGUCUGCUGCAUUUCCUCUCGAAGCCGCGUUGCUUCGAUGGACUACAAGCCGUGACCGGCAUUCGCUGCAUCACGAUUCCCGGCUUCCAAAAGUACAUCAAGGGCGGGGACGAGGAAUGGAAGCCGCCCGUAACCGCAACGGAGAUUAGACAGUACCUGCGCGCCAGUGGCAUCGAAUUCCAUGACGGCCACACCUGCCUGCUGAUGCUUAGCCCCUUCGUAGAGCGGCUGCCAGGGGCACCGGGUGGGAAGGAGAACGCUGGCCUCUACAUCAACAAGACGACCGGGCAGUUCUUUUGCAAGCACACGCUCGCCGAGGGCACGUGGGAAGACCUACAGGUUUGUCUGGAGGCCAUGCGGAAGGAAGGCCGCGUGUUUGUGAAGCCGAACGUGCUUCUGUUGGGGCUCGGAGCGGCAGCUGAAGGCGUCGAGGAGGAUGACGCGCGCUUCACGCGGGAGGAAAUAGACAGGAUCUGGCGACGAUCCAUCUUCCUGCACGAGCUGGAGGAGGAGCAGAAGCUCACGGCGAAGAGGCUGUAUGGCAUUGAGCGCCUCACGGACGCAACGCUAAAGCGCUUCUCCGUCAAGUGGCACCCGCCUACCAAAAGCCUCGUGUUUCCGUGGCUCGGACCACAGAGCAGCCUCAAAGGCCUGAAGCUGCUGACGGCUGAGUUUGACGGACAAAGCGUGACUUACAAGGAGAGUACGCUACCACGUGGUGCACGCUACUGCAACCUCUUUGGCCUGCACCUCAUUAUGCCUAAGGACUCGGAGGUGGUGCUGACGUCAAAUGAGCUGGACUGCCUGGCUGUGAGUCAGGCUACGAGCUGCCAGGCUCUCUCGCUACCUCGCGGCAUGAGCUGCCUUUCACCCACACUGUUGCCUUACCUCGAGCAGUUUCGCAAGGUGAUCCUGUGGCUGGGCAGCGACCUGAAUGCGUGGGAAACGUCCAAGGGCUUCGCACGGAAGCUGGGCCUGCGCCGCUGCUCUCUGGUGCGGCUGGGAGAGGGUCCUCGGCCUCGGCCGCUGGAGGCCCUCUCGCUGACGGGCAGCACCACACCCCGCGGCGGGACGGUCAGCGCCCUGCAGCAGGCUCUGCGUUCCUCCCUGCCAGCCGCCCACAAAGCCAUCACGGUCUUCAGGCAGCUACGGGAAGACGUGCGUGGGGAGCUCGCCAAUUCCGAGCAGGUCGCCGGUGUCAAGUGGCAGCGGUUUCCUGCGCUUAACAAGCUGUUAAAGGGACAUCGCAAGGGCGAACUGACCAUCUUCACCGGCCCAACUGGUAGCGGCAAGACGACGUUCAUCAGCGAGUAUGCCCUUGACCUGGCUUCGCAAGGCGUCAGUACGCUGUGGGGCAGCUUUGAGAUUGGAAAUGUGAGGCUGGCACGCGUCAUGCUCACACAGUAUGCCCGCCAACGACUGGAAUCAAACAUCGACAGCUACGACGAAUGGGCCGACCGUUUUGAGGACCUGCCACUCUUCUUCAUGACCUUCCAUGGCCAGCAGAACAUCAAGACUGUGCUGGACACGAUGCAGCAUGCCGUGUACAUGUAUGACAUCUCCCACGUGGUCAUAGAUAACCUUCAGUUCAUGAUGGGUCUACAGAACCCCAGCAUGGACAGGUUCACUAUGCAGGACUUUGUAGUGGGGGCAUUCCGCAAGUUCGCCACAGUGAACAUGUGCCACGUGACCCUGGUGAUUCACCCCCGCAAGGAGGAUUUCGACAGGGAGCUGCAGACAGCCUCCAUCUUCGGCACGGCAAAGGCCAGCCAAGAGGCGGACAAUGUGCUGAUACUGCAGGACCGCCGGCUGAGUGCAACACAUGGCAAGAAGUACCUACAGUUGGCCAAGAAUCGCUUUGAUGGCGACCUGGGCUCAAUCCCGCUAGAAUUUGACAAGGCCUCCCUGACAUUCUCGGCCACCAAGACGCGCGGGAAAGUGGCUCGCAAGUCACGUCAGGGAGCCGACAGUAUCACGGAAGAGGUGCUCCAGACAUAUGAAGACAGCAUCCUGGAUUAUGACAAGUGAAUAUCUUAGUCCAAGAUAGAUACAUUACACCUGUCAGCCCUGCUUGUUGGCCUCCCCCAUGCUGUAUCAGUCAUGUGGGUUCUUUGACCAUAUUUCACUGCUCAUCAAUACGGGUUGGUGAGGGUAGUGGGGAACGAUGGGAUCUAGGACUGCUUCAGAUAUUGUUCACCAUUUACGUUUGCCGUAUCUGGAAAUCGAACAAGGUCACUGGGUUGAUAGCAGUGUGCUCGCCACUGCACAUGGCUGUGCCCCACCCCUCUUUGAGUUGAAGGAUAGGCAUUUGGCUGUUAUGAUGACUUGUUUAUGGUUUCCUGCAGUCAGUAGUUGCAAAACUAUUGACUAAAACUGUAUAGUAAUACUGAAAUGGGCACUGAAGUAUGAUGACACUUAAUUUCACAUAGAAACCAAGAUAAUUUUGAGUUAUUUUGAUUUUCAUGUCGAUUUUUAUACAUCUGGUCACAGAGUAUUGAAAUGCUAGGAGUACAGUAAUAACAUAGAUGACACAUUUUCACCUGAUGCAUGUGUAAAUAUGUCCAAGCACCAAUGUGGCAGACUUGAAGGUAAUUGGAUUCUGUCCUGGUAAUGUAAGACCCAUUUAAAAAAAAAUUCCCUUUAUUUAUCAAUGUUAGCGAGAACAGUGAAUUGUUUUGAGCUAUAUUUAUAUAUAAACCAUGUUUUGUAGCAUUGAGCUCGUGUCAGGAUUACAGUGGUGCAGAGGUUUUAAGUGUUAUGCAUCAAGAGUGCAUUAGUUUCGUAAGUCACUGGAUAUGAAGUAGUGGAGAGCAGAGCUGUUGGGUUUCUAUAUCUCUUCUAACUACUACCGAGCCUCAAUAGCGAUAACAUUUCACUGUGACUGAGGCACUUAUAGUAUGAGACUGAGAUGGCUGGUUUAUAAAGUGUGUGGCGUGUAGCUUUCGUGUGAUCUUCGUGAUAUUUUAUAUACAGAUGUUUAAUUGAUCCAAUGUGCAUACACAAUUCACAUUCAGGAUGUUUGGGGGGUGCAAUCCAGUUAUGACUUCGAUCAGCAGCAGAGCUCCAACCUGUGACAGCCCACUUGAUCAAUGUAAGCAUCUCUUCUGCGAUGAAUAUAGUUUACACGCCGAGCUAGCCAAUGUUUUGUUCCCACUGUUACCUUAGAAUGCAUGUCAUUGCCAUGAGUGCAUCACAAUGGAGAUUAAUUGCUGUACUGCAAUUAUCAUUUCAUGGCAAAAAAUGAGAUUUUUACUUAAUUGUGUUGACAUUAAAUAUUUUCAUGAAGCUUUGUAAUGUUCGUAAUAUUGCGGUAUUUGUAAUGGGACACCCAUUUCAUACUUUUGUGUAUUCAAGAUUCAAUAUUUAUUCCAUGACUAGUGUCCUUAUGAUGUUGUCUUGUGCUGCACAGUCGGUUUAGCAGCACGGUACAAGACUAUAGCACAUUCCUGCAGAGGGAGCUGGUAGGAACGUUGGGUUGCUCGGUCAAUGGCCAGGGUCAACGGCGGCGUGGUGUAUUCCGCAAAUAUGCCCGACUGUGAGGGCGGGCACAAGCCGGCGUGAGUAGGUGAAACGUUGAGUUUUAUAAGGGCACCACGGGGUGACCAGCCCCACCCCACCCCUCCCACGCAGGUAUUGUGGUCAAUGCAAAUAUGACUCCUUGUAAAAAAAGGUGUCAGUUUUGUUGCCAGAUAAAAGUGUAAAAAACCUGUAGGACCUUCACAAGGGAGAAACACAAGACACGUGUUUUCUUUGUCCCGUAUUGAAACGGCUGUACGCCGUAUGGACCUGAAAACUAAAUUUCCCUGUACAAGAAUACGGGUUGACACGGUGUGUAGAUGCACUUGCUGCAUUUCCCUACAGCACUGCCUGCAGUCGGG